AUAGCAACCAACAACAAUUAAAAGUAUACAAGAGAUACAGUCAUGGCUUGAGGAAGUUACAAGACUGACUUAGUCCUGGUCAAUAAGCUGCUGCUAUUUUUUCUCGGAUUUUUAGGAAUCUUUUUAUUUCAGUUGUGAUUUUGUAUUUUGUUAGUGGGAGUAUAUUUUUCAUUAUUUUUAGGAGAUUAUUGUUAAACUUGCUGUAUUUAAACAAACAGCUCAUAUUGAAUAAGGAUAUCAGGAAAUUAAUCAAAAGUUUGAGUACUUAAAACUCAAGGAUUUCAGAUUCUCCUUAAGUCUGUAAACAUAGGCAGAAGAAAAAACACCCCUUCUUCUCCUUCAUCUUCUAAACCUGACCCUUUGUUCCAAAGACCCAUAACCAGAUCCUACGCUAGGGACCGUAUCAUUUUGGUAUCAGAGCCGGGCGUUAUGGGGGAUCCUAAGCCAACACUUGAGACAAUGAUGAAAAUGUUCCUUGAUGAACAGGCUGCCAAUAAGGCACGCCAGGACGAAUUAAACAGCAAAUUAGAAGCGCUUACCCUUGAUUUGGCGAGUGUUAAGGAGGCUACUACUUCCACUAGAAGUAGCGCACAGAGGCAAGCAAUAACAGGCAAGGAACCAGCCAAUUCCACUGGUUCUGAGACUUCUUCUGGGAAAACCAUUGUUCCUAAAGUCACGAAAUUAGACUUUCCCAAGUACAAUGGCCUUGAAGACCCGAUUGGGUGGUUAAGUCGAUGUGAGCAUUUCUUUCGCCAUCAACACACUCCGGAAGAGGAAAAGCUCGAAUUAGCUUCUUAUAACUUGAUUGGCGUUGCACAACCUUGGUUUAUGCAGUUCCUGGAUGACUAUCCUGAUCCAAUGUGGGCUGAGUUCAAAGAUCAAUGCAAUCUAAGGUUUGGGCCUACAGUUCAGUCCAAUAAGCUGGGUGAAUUGGCCACACUGAACCAAACUGGGUCGGUGGCAGAUUACCAAAACCGGUUUGAAAUUCUUAUUGCUAGGGCUGGAAGUUUAACUCGCAUGCAAAAAAUUCAGUUAUAUAUCAGCGGGUUACAGGAGUACAUCGCCGCAGAGGUCGAAAUACAUAACCCCACCGAUUUGGCAAUCGCUAUGAGCAUGUCCCGUUUAUAUGAGAAGAGGCAAUCUGCUUUGAAACCUGCAUGUUAUUUUUUAAACACCAUCAUAAGUUUCAGUUGCAGGGAAUUCAGCCUUCUCCAAUCACAUUAGCUUCCAUCCAACUUGAUCAAGAUGAGCACUUGCUUCAGUUACUGGCAGAAUACUCAUCUCUUUUUGAUGAACCCACCACACUGCCUCCACGUCGGUAUUGCGACCAUCGCAUUAUCUUGGAACCAAAUACUAAGCCAAUUGUGGUGCGUCCAUAUCGUUAUCCUCAUAUCCAAAAAGAAGAGAUUGAGAAGCAGUGUUCGGCCAUGUUACAGCAGGGCAUCAUUCGUCCAAGUCGAUCACCGUUUUCUUCCCCGGUUAUUUUGGUUCCCAAGGCUGAUGGGUCAUGGCGUCUUUGUGUGGAUUACCGGGCAUUGAACUCCAAGACUAUCAAAGACAAAUUUCCAAUACCGGUGAUUGAUGAAUUAUUGGAGGAAUUAGGGGGAGCUAAGUUCUUCACGAAGCUUGAUCUAAGAUCUGGUUAUUUUCAAGUUCGAAUGUUUUCUAUGGAUAUUACUAAAACAGCUUUCCGCACACACCAUGGACAUUUUGAAUUUCUAGUGAUGCCAUUCGGCCUCACCAAUGCUCCCUCAACUUUUCAAGCUCUUAUGAAUGAGGUAUUUGGGCCAUAUCUACGGAAAUUCAUUUUAGUAUUUUUUGACGAUAUCUUGGUUUUCAGUAGGACCUGGGAGGAGCACCUCCAACACUUACAAAUUGUUUUCCAGCUCCUUGCUCAACAUCAGCUAUUCCUUAAAAAAUCCAAGUGUUCUUUUGCUCAAACACAGGUAGCAUAUUUGGGACAUGUCAUCUCUGCUACAGGGGUUCAAGCUGAUCGUUCAAAAAUUUCAGCUAUGCUAGAUUGGCCUCAACCUUCCUCUAUUCGGGGUCUUCGUGGGUUCCUUGGCCUUACAGGGUACUAUCGGAAAUUUGUUCCUCUCUAUGGAAUCAUAGCAGCCCCUUUAACAGCCUUGCUCAAGAAAAAUUCCUUUCAAUGGACUGAAACCUCUCGAACAGCCUUUGAAGCACUGAAGCAAGCUAUGGCAACA